AUGGCCCAAGUGGGAUUGAUCUCCGGCUGGGAUUCAAGAAACUGGAACGAGGAGUCGAAGCUCAUAGGAGAGCUUGUUCAAGAUCUCUCAGACAGAUUGUUCUCACCGGUGUCAUCAACUGAUAGUGGCGAAUGGGUUGGAAUGAGUACACACAUGAGAAGUGUAUAUCCUUUGAUGUGCAAAGACCCUAAUGAUGUCCGAAUGAUCGGAAUCUGGGGAAUGGGAGGCAUUGGUAAAACCACCAUCGCAAAAUACGUUUACAAAGGCUUCUUGAGCAAGUUCGACGGUGCUUGCUUACUAGAGAACGUGAAAAGAGAGUUUAGACGAAAUGGUCCAUCGCAUUUACGCGAUAAGAUUCUGUCCGAAAUCUUUCGCAAGAAAGACAUGAACACGUGGAACAGAGAUUCCGAUGUGAUGAAGCAACGAUUACGCGGCAAGAAGAUUCUUCUUGUCCUCGACGAUGUUGACGAGAUACAACAGCUACAAGAACUGGCUGGAAGCCCUCAGUGGUUUGGACCAGGAAGCAGAAUCGUUAUAACCAGUCGAGACAGGCGUGUUCUUGAUCAGCAUGAUGUGGAACGUAUCUAUGAAGUUAAGCCUUUGAGGACUACGCAAGCACUUCAGCUCUUUAGCAAGCAUGCCUUCAAGCAGCCUCGUCCAUGUGAAGAUUACAGAGAGCUCUCUAUCGAUGUCGUGGAGCAGCUUGGUGGCCUUCCGUUGGCUCUCCAAGUCGUUGGGGGAUCUCUCUAUCGUCGGGAUCUAGAGUUCUGGGAAGACAGACUGGAUUUACUGAGAAGUAAUAGCGAUAAUACUCUGUUGAAGGCAUUGAGAGUAAGUUACGAGGCAUUGGAUGAGCUAGAAAAGAAGAUCUUUCUUUACAUUGCGGUUUGUUUCAAUGGAGUGUAUAUGGAAAGAGUAAGAAAAGUACUAGACUUGUUUUUCGUGUCAUCCAGGCGCAGAGCGUUUCCCACCAGACCGAGCAUUGUAGCUCUGAUGGAGAAGUGUAUGAUUAGUCUGUCGAAGACAAAACGGUUAUGGGUUCAUGACUUUCUCCAGGACAUGGCCGAGGACAUUAUAUGUGAAGGCAAAGACGAGAAGCCAUGGAAACGUUUAAUGCUUUGGGAUUUUGAGGAUAUCAAUCACGUAUUCUCCACCAAUCUGGGAGAUGAAGCAAUUGAGGUGGAGAGCAUAUUGCUGGACAUGUCUAGAGGAGAUGUGCUUAACAUAACCCCUGGAAUCUUUGAGAGGAUGCCAAAUCUCAAACUGCUUAAGUUUUAUGCCAAUUCCAGCAAUGGAGAGAGCAGGACAAGGAUGUUAGAUGGUCUUGACUUCCUCCCUAGGCUGCGAUAUCUUCGCUGGGAUGCUUAUAAUCUGAAAUCCUUACCAUCUCGGUUCUGCACUAGCUUUCUUGUUGAACUCAACCUCUCUCACAGCUCAAUAGAAACAGUUUGGAAUGGAGCUCAGGAGCUACGUCUCUCAGGCUGCAAGAAGCUGAUAAAUCUCCCAGACAGCAUCAAGAACCUCAAGUCGCUCAUAGAUCUCGGUCUCGCUAACUGUCCCAACGUAACAUCAUUCCCAGAAGUGGGGACUAACAUAAGAUGGUUGAAUCUGAACAGUACAGCCAUAGAAGCAGUGCCUUCAACAAUCGGAGAGAUAUCAGAGCUUCAUUACCUCAACUUGUCUGGCUGUGACAAGCUCGUGAACCUUCCUCCAACGCUGAGGAAACUGGUACAGCUUAAGUACUUGUAUCUUAGUGGUUGCACCAACGUCACAGAGCCUCCUGAGCUCGCUGGGACCAGCACAAUGAAAGCGUUGGAUUUACAUGGAACAUCGAUAACAAAUCAAUUGGUUGACUCCAAGAACGAGGAGCCUCCUCGGUGUGAAGUACCUGUCAUUAGACGCUUCUUCAUGAAGAAUGUGGCAAGGAUAGAGGGUAUAAAUGAGUUUUGGUGGGGGCAAAGGGAAAAGAUGAGUGAGAGAGAGAGAGAGAUUGGUGCAAGUGUAACAAGAAGAAUGUCAGGAGCGCAAGGAGCAGAGCCGAUGGGGUCAAAGACGGCAACGACUUACGAGUCGGUAGAAGGAGGACAGAACAAGACGAAGCUUGAUAUAAGGUCAAAGGAAGACGAAGGUGGAAUUCAAGUUGAUAAGCUUCAGGACAAGGUCUCUGAUGCUGCUGGUCUAGGCGGUCCUGUCUUUGGCGCUGGUAAAGACGACAAGAAGCAGGAUCUUGGUGUUACAGGCACCGGCUAG